CGGGAAGUUUGAACAGACCGGCAUCCAUGCCCGGGAAAGAGAGGAUGGACGAUUCGGUUGCAAUUCUGUGUCAGAUAUCUCAGCUCAAGGACAUGCUUGAUAAGGUGAACGAGGAAAUCGAGGCUAACAUCAAGAUCACCAGAGAAAUCGAAUCGGAGAUUGUCAAGUGCUCCGAAGCCGAGGUCUCCCUGCUUGCCCAAGAAUCGGAGCUGAUGCAAAGAGCGUACAUGCAACAGUUCGAAAUCAAAGGCUUGAUGGCCGCCACUGCUGCUUCAAAAACCUCCCACAAAUCAUUAGAGGAAGAGUUAGGUUCUCUUAAAAGGAAGCAGGAUGAGAUACUGACCCGAAUGAACAUCCAACGGUAGUGAUCCUAACCAUUUUGGCUCUGUGUUGAUAAAAAGUGCAACUCGAAACACAAAUAGCAAUCUGAAAUAACGAAAUCUCACAUUAAUCUUCAUAUGCAAAAGCGAAAAGCUAAUUCCUUGGAAAAAUUCCCGAAAUAAUAGGAGUAAAAACGUUUGAGAAUUCCAAAAUAGGACUGUCAUGUUUUUAUUCCUUAAAUAGAAGUAAUUACUGUCAAGCUUGAAAAAUACUGUCAUGUUUAAAGACUGAUACUAUUGAAACAUGAUAGUAAUUACUCUUAUUUAGGGAAUAAAAGCAUAAUAGUCCUAUUUAAGGCAAUUUCCCUAAUUCCUUUUAUGGCCACAAUCCAUUUUAUGUACUCGUAUCUCAUGAAAAAUGUUAACAGAAUAUAACUUCUAACAAGUGUUUCUAAUCUGGCUGGAUGAAGUUAUUAUUAUAACCCAAAUGUGUUAGUUUGUUUUGGAAAAGGAAUGACGUAGUACAGCGUAUUUUAUAUGAAUAUGAAUGUUUUGAUGCUCUAAUCUUCCUUUCCUAUAUUCCCAUGCCUACUACACUACUACUCAAUGUCUCAAAUCUUAUUGAUUGAUGCCUAUGAGUAACAUAAACAACCCAGCAUUAAUUAAUAUAAGAUGCAAAGCAAGACUGAAUGCAUUUUGUAAUAUAAAUCCCUAAACGUUUUCCUUAUGGCACUGUAACGAGAGAACUUGUUUUCUAUCAAGAAUAUAUGAUGCCUUUGAUUAAUUUAGGUUUUCCAAAGCUGUAAUAUUAUUGAUGAAAGCUGCGGUUUGUUCUUGAAGUCCAUAAUAUGAAAAUCCUAUGCGGUGUUCUUCACAAAUGAUGUUUCCAGAGUAGGCAAAAGGUAAUUAUUUGUUACUGUACAGAGAAAGGUUCCUGAAAUCAUGCAUGGAUUUUCAAAAAAACAUUAGCAAACAAGAGAAUGAUGAAAUUGGGGCUUUGAUCUUGAAGAAAGAGCUCCUACAAAGUGAAGUUCAUUCCUUAAACACAAGAAAUUCUGAUCUACAAAACUCAAUGGCUGCAUUUGUUGAAGAAAUUCUUGAAGAUCUCCAGAAUUCUAUUCAUGGUACUUUGUUACUAUGCUACAAUAAUCUUUACUUUCCUUCCAUUUUUGGAAUAACAUAGAGCAGGUAGGUCAAUAUGUUGGGGGCAUGUACGUUACUGACACAGUUUUCUUUGGCUUAAAAACAGGUCAAUAUAUUUGUUUGUAUAGUUCCUUUUAUAUUUUUUUUAUGUUUAAUCACAGAGUUUUUAAGUUAUUACAUAUUACUAAGGUUUACCAACAUUUG